UCAUUCGGCAACACUGUUCUUAAAAAUCUUAUAUUUAAGCUUAUAAGCUUUUAUAAAAGCGUUAAAAAAGGUCAACAACAGGGCAAAUAACAGACCGUGAUUGGGUUUGAGCGUUUUGACACAAUCGCCAUCUUGAAUAAGUUAAUUGACAGGGCGUCGGUCUGUUUAUGCUCUAUCUACAAAAGAAGGAUAAAAAGAAUAGAAGUGUAGUGCUAAAUCUAAUGUGAAUAAAACGUUCGGAGCAGACUUCACAAUUUACACUACAACGAAAACGAAACAGCAUUUCAGUCUGCCUACUCAACAUUUUUGGAGCCGAAACGACCGGAACGUAAACAAACUGAUUACCGGUCACUCAUUCCCAACCCGUCCACCAUCGAGAAACUUUUGAUAUCUCUCGUCUACUUAACGUUAAAGUUACACACCCGCAUAUAUAUCACAUGCUGGGCUGGAUCAGUUUUGACUAUGGUUUCGAUCGAUUUCAAUAAGUUUAAUUAGGUUUAAUUGAAUCCAGAUUCGAUCUAGUUUCGACCAAAACAUUGCUGGUUGAGUGAACAGGAAUUCACUGACAGGAACAGAUCAAAAUAGAUCAAAAUCAGGACUUGAGUGUUAUUUGAGCGGGAUGAACAUGAGCGCCAUCAAAGUUUAUAUUCAAGUGUAAACAUUGGAAGCGUUUUUAAAUUUAGUUAUUUUAUUGUAAUUCGUGUGAUCAAGUUUUAAAGUAAAUUUCGAGAAUAUGCGGGCGUAUCACUGUUCAGUUAGAGGUUGUAGAAACAAAAUGUCGACUACGAAACACGAUACCAGCAUCGUCUAUCAUAAUUUUCCUAGAAACAAACAGCAGUGGGAAGCUUGGAGAGCAUUUUGUGACAACGGGAAAGAAUGGACACCCAAGCAAAGCCAGGGUAUCUGUUCAAAACAUUUCGGUCCAGAUUGUUAUGAUGCCGCGUUUCCAUUUCAUUCCAUUCCGGAUCUUGCAAAACAGUCUAGACGCCUCGUUUCAAAAGCUGUGCCCAACCUCCGAGCACCUGAGCCUGAGCCACGGCGAUCUUGGUCGAUUUCCCCACUCCCAUGGAAUGAUUCACAAUCCGCAGAACUUAAAAACGAUACGCUAGAAGUGGAAAGACAGGAGGAGACAUUGGAAGAAGUUUUCGUUUCCCCAUUGCCGGACUUGGACAAUGUAGAACUGAAGUCCGAACCAGAGGAUAACAGCGAAUUCGGACUGACGUCUACCGACAAGAAUGAUGAGAGCAACAAAGCUAAUUUACCAUUGAAAUCAUACUGCCGUUUAUGUUUACGAUUAGUCAAAUCAGGUUUUCUCAAGUUGUUUGAUGCCGAUCAAAUAAAGAAAGCGCGAGGCCUUUUCAAUUAUAGUUUUGCUAGUCGCCAUCUUAUUUGCAACAACUGUUCAAUCCUGAUGGAUAUCGCUUCGGAUUUUAAACAAGCUGUGCAGGAUGCAAACAUGUUGCUAGAAGUUACAGGUGAGGUUGCCGGCGUUACUCUUAAAAGCGGAUUUUGGGAAAUUACAUCGAAUUUGGCCGCCGUUAGAAAAUGUAAAAGAAUGCUUGUGCAACAUUUGGUAGAGCUGGGUAUUGCUGCCGAUACCUACAGAUCACUCCACAAAAAGGCUUUUGAUAGACUCAGUGGAAAUGAUAACUCAAAAGGUUGUUCUGUUGGUGAACCAAAUGCAAGGAUUAUUUCGAACAAUUCUUCUAUUAGCGAACCGAUUGAAACCAAUACUAUGGAUAGUUCUGUUGAAGACCCAAUUGCAACGAUUCCCUUGGAUGGUUCUUAUGCCGAUGAGCUUUCCCCCCUAGAAUGCAAGGGCCUCUUGAUAGAACCAAUGCUAAUUGAAGCAUUGGAAACGGAUGAUGAAGAUCAGCAACUAGAACAGAAGAGCGAGGACGAAAUUACAACGGAAAUUUUGAAAUUUGAAGCGCUUGAUGAAUCAAUAUUCGAAUACGAUGUGUCUGAUAUCAAUGAGAGAGAGUCAGAGAGACUUCGUGCUGCAGAUAAAAGUCCAAAAAGCAAACAGCACAAUAAAAAGAAUGGUAAAACAAAAAAUAACGAGAUCGUAAGUUCAAAACGGAAAAGAUCACAAAUGACUAGAGAAGAGUAUCUUGCGUAUAAAAGAAGCACGCGCAAACCGUUGACAUACAGUCAAACUCAUUGGCUCUGUUAUCAAUGCGGAAAAACGGUGCACAUCAUGACUAAGGAAUACCAUAUUAACGAGCACAAAGGUAUCAAACCGUAUCGUUGCGAGAAAGGUUGCGAUAAGACGUUCUACGGCGUUUUGCAUAAGCAACGACACGAGCAUCGCCAGCAUGGCGGAGAAGAUGGUGGAUCAAAAUCAAUGACCUGUAGGAUUUGCGGAAAGGUUUACCGAACGAGUCCUUACGGUAUGAGUUUGCAUAUGCGUAAACAUUCAUCUGAUCUGAGACACGAUUGUGAACAAUGUGGUAAAAAGUACUUAACCAAAUUCUUGUUGCAUACACACAUGAGAAAAAAACAUCACAUUUUGUACCCCUAUGAGUGCGACCAGUGUGGAGAAAAAUUCAAGUAUAAACAGGAGAAAGAUUUUCACAUGAAUACUGUUCACGAGAGACAUAAAACAUGAUCAAGCUGAAGUUCAAAGCUUCAAAAAAGGUAAAACAGUAUAAAAUUUGCUCGAUAUUGCAACAAACUACAUCAUCAGCGCGAUGCCAAACUUCCCCUAUCCGAUUUAUAGAGUAAGUACGGUAAGUUUCAAAAGAAAAUGAUCGAUCAUUGUUUCAAAGUAGGUUAACAUACAGUCAAUAAAAUGGACUAAAGUUCUUGAAA